AAGUAAGGCACCGCACUCCGGAAGCGGCUCGCGGACGGUGGGAUGGCGGCGACGGCCGUAUCCGAGGCCUGGCCAGAGCUGGAGCUGGCGGAGCGCGAGCGGCGUCGCGAGCUGCUGCUGACCGGGCCGGGGCUGGAGGAGCGGGUGAAGGCGGCGGGGGGACGGCUGCCUCCGCGGCUCUUCACGCUGCCGCUGCUGCACUACCUGGAAGUGAGCGGCUGCGGCAGCCUGCGUGCGCCGGGGCCCGGCCUGGCUCAGGGCCUGCCGCAACUGCACAGCCUGGUGCUACGGCGCAACGCGCUAGGUCCCGGCCUGAACCCGGAGCUGGGGCCGCUGCCCGCGCUGCGCGUGCUCGACCUAUCGGGCAACGCGCUGGAGGCGCUGCCGCCGGGCGAGGGCCUGGGUCCCGCCGAGCCUCCCGGGCUGCCUCAGCUGCAGAGCCUCAACCUCAGUGGCAACCGCCUGCGCGAGCUGCCCGCUGACCUGGCUCGCUGCGCCCCUCGCCUGCAGAGCCUCAACCUCACCGGCAACUGCCUGGAUGCCUUCCCCGCCGAGCUCUUCCGACCGGGAGCUCUGCCCCUGCUCAGUGAGCUGGCGGCUGCCGACAACUGCCUGCGGGAGCUCAGUCCUGACAUCGUGCACCUGGCUUCGCUUAAGACACUGGACCUCUCCAACAACCAACUGACCGAGAUCCCUGCUGAGCUGGCAGACUGUCCCAAGCUCAAAGAGAUCAACUUCCGAGGGAACAAGCUUCGAGACAAGCGCCUGGAGAAGAUGGUGGGUGGCUGCCAGACCAAAUCCAUCCUAGAGUACCUGCGUGCUCGUGGCCGUGGCUGUCGGAGCAAGGGCCGGCCAGAGGGCUCUGAGAAGGAGGACAGAAAGAAGAGGCGUGAGCGGAAGCAGCGUCGGGAAAGCGGGGAGGGUGAGGAGGAGGUAGCCGACUCAGCCAGACUGAUGCUCAAGGUCUUACACGUCUCUGAGAACCCAACACCCCUGACAAUCAGGGUAAGCCCGGAGGUCAGGGACGUGCGCCCGUACAUCGUGGGAGCCGUCGUGAGAGGCAUGGACCUGCAGCCAGGAAAUGCACUCCGGCGCUUUCUCAACUCCCAGACAAAGCUCCAUGAUGACCUCUGUGAGAAGAGGACAGCAGCCACCAUUGCCACCCAUGACCUCCAGGCAGUGCGCGGGCCCCUGCUGUAUGCAGCCCGGCCACCUGAGGACCUCAAGAUCAUGCCCUUGGGGCGGAGAGAAGCCAAGGCCAAGGAGCUGGUGAGGCAGCUGCAGCUGGAGGCUGAAGAGCAGAGAAAGCAGAAGAAGCGGCAGAGCGUCUCAGGGCUGCACAGGUACCUUCACUUACUGGAUGGGAAGGAAAACUACCCUUGUCUUGUGGAUGCCGAAGGAGAUGUGAUUUCUUUCCCACCUAUCACAAACAGUGAGAAGACGAAGAUUAAGAAAACAACAUGCAACUUGUUUUUGGAAGUAACAAGUGCCACUAGCCUGCAGCUCUGUAAGGACGUCAUGGACAGCCUCAUUCUGAAAAUGGCAGAGCUGAGCAAAAGCACUUCAGAAAAUAAAGAGGAAGAUGCACUGUCUGGUACGGAAGCUGAUGCCAGCUGUGGACUUUCUGAUCCCAACUUGAAUCUGAGAGCUGGAAAGGAUGGACAGUGCCCCCUGGUGGUGGAACAGGUCCGAGUGGUGGACCUGGAGGGGAGCUUGAAGGUGGUGUACCCAUCCAAGGCUGACCUGAUCACUACCCCUCCCUAUGUGACUGUGGUUCGCUGACAGUCCAGCCUGCAUAACUGGUUCCACUUGUGGCUCCUGUGGGUGUGCUGGCUGUAGAUGUGUCUGUGUGGUUGUUCUUCCUUUUCUCUGGGUAUUUUAAGGUGUCUGCUUCUGUCUGGGUGACUGUUAUAAAGUGAGUUGUGUCAUCAUUACAACACUCAUGUGACCUACUGCUCUCAUGGAUUAUUCAAAUAAUUGCUGGAAAUGUUCUGAAUCAUGUGGCGAGUAACUUGGGAAAGACACCGAGCUAGGUUUGCCAGUACAGGUCUAAAUUCAGGUUAAAGGGCAGGUGUUCUAUUGAACAGUACGUUUCUCUACAACGUGUUAAUGGCUUUUUUUUUAAUGCCUGUGCAAAGACAGUUGGGUACAUCAUGUUGUGAUCUUAAUCUUUUCAGAGCUUGCUUCCUAGCACGGUACUGCUGCUACGCUCCCAGGGCAGCAUCUGCUUCCCACAACUGUGUCCAGGGCUGGAGUGCUGGUCAUUGUUGGUACAUACGCUCCUCAGCCAGAGGUCAUGCCCAUUAGUCCUGUGUAGUGGGACGGAUUCCUGUGAGUGGAUGGGCAGGCUGGUUUGUGGCCUGUUGGUCAGUGACAGGAAGAUGUGCCACACACACGGCCCUACAGCUUCCAUCUCAGUGUGUUGUUAUACACCACCUGUCUCUCUCUGCAUGUGUUGGCUUAUGUACCCAGCACACCCCUCUAUCCCUGGAGCCAAAGUGAUUGGUCCUGAGGACACAGCCAGCUGCAAAAGGGACUUAGUGGCCCCAUGCCUUAACAUCUGGCUGCAGCAGAGAACCAGGCCCUUCAGCCUUUCUGCCUGACGUCAUCUUCUCUUUAGUCUUUGACCUCAAAGGACAAUUUGUCUUCUGUAAACAAUGGUUUGGGUUUGUUAUUUGGGGUUUUUGUUUUGAAGCUGUACAAGAACCUUUCGUUGUCAGAACCAGUGCAGCUCCAGGUCCCUUAUGGCAGUUUCCUGGACAAAGCUGAUGGGUGGUCGAGCUCUAGGAGACAGGGGCUACCCUGUGACUGUUUAGUCGCCGCUCAUAGGUCCCUUUGAGUGGCUGUGGCAAGAGCUCAGCUAUUCUGUGUGGAUUCACCAAACUGUAAGGAUGGCGCUGCCCCAUGCCCACCUCCCACCCCCACCAGUUCCUGAUGUUCCCUCCAGCACAACCCAUGUGUGAGAUUGAAGUUUUUGGAACUUUUUACAAAUACAAGCAGAAUGCCUCUUUGUUCUAAUAAAACUAAUAAAACCC